UCCAUAAACGGAAAAAUAACACAAUUUAGGAAUACUUAAUAUCAGAAUUUAUUCAACUGUACACGCCCACGCAACGAUGGCAGAGAAGAAAGUCCCUUUUAAAAUUACGGAUGUUCCCAAAGAACUUACGGCUGAGUUUCGCAAAUACACAGAUGGUCCUGAAAUAGAGUUUGUUCGCGUGGGUCUAGAAAAAUACCGCUUUCCCGCGGGAUUCAGGGAAGAAUGUGUGAAGGUGUACAACAUGGAACUGCGACCUGACGAUAUUUUUGUUGUUACGUUCCCUAAAUCUGGCACAACUUGGACGCAAGAACUGGUCUGGCUAAUUGGCAACAAUUUUAAUUAUGAUUCUGCGGCUGAAAAGCUUCUAAAAGAAAGAUUUCCUUUUCUAGAAUAUGCAAUGAUGACUAGGAACCCGAAAAUAGAAGAAUGGACCCGUGCCCGUAUGCAGGUUAGCCCCGGAAUUGCUGAGGGAAUCCUAAAGAAACUGACCACCUCUGUCGUUGACGUCCUGAACACCACUCCGUCCCCGAGGUUCAUUAAAACCCACCUUCCAUUCUCCCUGCUCCCGCCCCACCUACUGGAUACCAGCAAAGUGGUGUACGUAGCCAGGGACCCUCGGGAUGUAGCCGUGUCCUACUUCCACCACUGCAAACUGUUUAAACUAGUCAAUUUCCAUGGAGAAUUCAGAAUAUUCUGGAAAAUGUUCCUGAAGGAUGAAUUUGAUUGGUGUCCAUAUUUCCCUCACGUCAAAGAAGCUUGGGCGAAGAGGCAUCAUCCCAAUAUGUUAUUCUUGUUUUAUGAAGAACUUAAUAAGGACCUGCCAGCGGCGGUGCGUCGCGUGGCCAAGUUCAUGAACAAGCCGGCGACGGAGGAGCAGGUGCAGCGGUUGUGUCGACAUCUCCACAUCGACAACUUCAGGAAAAACAAGUCGGUCAACGCCGAGGAUUUGCAGGAUUUGGGUCUUGCCAAUAAAACUGAACACUUUAUUAGAAAAGGUAAAUCGGGUGGUUGGCGUGACUACUUCGACGAGGAGAUGACGCGGCAAGCCGAGCGCUGGAUCGAGGACAACCUCCGGGACACAGACCUGAGGUUCCCCACCAAGGACUAGAUUAGAUGCUUAGAGGUCUUUUCGGUAUUGCAAUACCAAAAUAAAUUUAAAUAUUCAAAUAUUGUUUAUUUUUAGGGUUCCGCACCUCAAAAGGAAAAACUGGAACACUUAUAGGAUGUUAAGACCAUAUAAUACCCUAUAAUAAUAUACGUAUGAUUAUUCAAAAUAAAUGAACAAAUGAUAUAA